GAUUCAAUUGUGAUUUUGGAAGUUCUUUUUUACGUUGUGUGAAUUUAUGUAUUAGAAAUAAGUGGUUCUUGAGGAUUGAAUUUCAGGUGAUUAAAUUCGGAAAUUGAUAAUUUGAUUGGUGAAUAUAGUGUUAAGAGUGACUAAUUCUACAUUUCUGUUGAAUAAAUGGUGAACUGAGGUCGAGUUAUCAUAAUUCGGUUGUUUGGAAGGGGUGAAGUGAGGGUUUUUGAAUAAUAAUUAUUAAGGAAUUAGGGUUUUGCUUGGUUGUUUGUUGAUAUUUGGAAUGGUGUUUGAAUUUUUGUAGAGGAGGCGGUGUUUCGGAUGGGAGAAGGUGAGGUGUGUGUGGCGAUGGCGGUGGUGAGUAAUGUUGGGGAGAUUGAAAGUAAUAAAAAGCAGCAGAGGCGUGAUAACCGGUGGGUGACGGGUGAUUCUGAUAUGGAGCCGUUGGCUAAGAAACACGUGAAAGAGGGUUCGAUUGAGGAUGAUGUGAAUCCGUGUGUUGAGCAGACCAUAAAAGAACAUGAAUGUGAAAUUGCGCAGGCAACAUAUAGUUUAAAUUCUGUUGGUGCGGAUCCAUCUGUUGAGCAGCAUGUUAAUGGUGGUUUGUAUGACAUUGAACGAGAUUCUUCUGGUGAGAAGCAUUCGUUGGAGGUUUUAAAUGAGAUGGAAACAGAGGUUAUUGUUGAGCAGCCUGUCAAGGAGUGCUUGAAAGAGAUAGAACUAGAGCUUCAUGCCAGGAAUCAGAAAACAGUGGCUGAAAGUGACGUCAACGUAGAACCUUGUUGUAGGAUGCAAACAACGGGGGUUAAAAGUGAUGUUGAAUUUGAGCCGUUUAUUAAGCAGACUGUUAAAGAAUGUUCCAGUAAGAGGAAAUUGGAGGCUUGUCAGACAACAGGGGCUGGAAGUGAGAAAGAACUAGAGCCCUCUAUCAAGCAGACUGUCAAAGAAUGUCCAAGUGAGAUGGAAUUGGAGGCUUAUGGCGAGAUACAACUGACAGAGGCAUUAAAUGGGAGUGCCACAGAGACUUCUGCUCAGCAGCAACCUGUCCAAGAAUGCACCAGUGAGAAGGAUACUGAGGCUUGUGGCAAGAUACAACUGGCCGAGGCUUUGAAUGAGAGUAAACCUAUUAAAGAAUUAUCGAGCGAGAUGGAAAUGGAUGUUUAUGGCAGGGUGCAACCUAUAAAGGCUUUGAAUGAGAGUGUUACAGAGCGUUGUUCUUCGCAACCUGUCAAAGAUUGUAUGAGUGAGAUAGAAACAGAAGCUUGUGAUAAGAUGCAACCCACAGAUACAGAGCCUUAUUCUCAGCAAGUUAUCAAAGAUUGUCCCAGUGAGAUGGAAAUAGAGGCUUGUGGCAAUAUGCAUCUGACAGAGGCUUUGAAUGAGAGGUUUACAGAGGCCCGUGCUCAUAAACCUGUCAAAGUAUGUCCAAUUGAGGUGGAAAUGGAGGCUUGUCGGAAGAUGCAACUGACAGAGGCUUUGAAUAAGAUUGAACCAGAGCCGUCUGUUUAUCAAUUUGUAAACGGAUUUCCAAGUGAGAUGGACACAGAGGCUUGUGGUAAGAUCCGACCGACUGAGACUUUAAAUGAGAGUGUCACAAAACCUUCUGUCCAGAAAUAUGUUAAAGAAUGUCCGGGUGAGAUGGAAAUAGAGGCUUGUGGCAACAUGCAACAAAUGGGGGAUAUGAGUGAGGGUAACACAGUGCCUUCUGUAACGGUCAAAGAAUGUCCGAUUGAGAUUGAAUUAGAGGUUUGUGGAACUAAGCAUGUAACACAAUUUUCAAAUGAUAUUGGAAUAGAGCCUUUUGUUAUAAAGCAGACACCCCAGGUCUUGAAUGAUACUGAAAUGGAGCUUUCUGCCUCUGUUAAGGAGUGUCAAAAUGAGAUAAUAAUAAUAGCUCCUUUCAACAAGCAAGAGGUGAAAGAGGCUUCGAAUGAUGAUAUAUGUUCUGAGGUUUCAAAUCCCGAUGUAUCUCCACGGGACAAUUCUUCAGGAUUUCAGACUGUUAAUAGCCAACCAGAUGAAAAACUAAUUAUGAAAGGCCAAGCCGUUUGUGGUGAAAUUACAUCUGCUUGUUCUGGUAACUCAAGCAGCGAGGGAAGCUCGGGCCAGGAGGAUCAUGGUACGAAUGAUACAUCUGGUACAGUGUCAACAUCACAUGUUGUACUUGAGGUUCCAAAGGAUGCUGUAACUUCUUCUGGAGUUAGGAAAAUUACUUUCAAGUUCAGCAAACGGAAGGAAGACUGUAAUGGUCAAUUGUCUUCUGCUGUGAAGGAAAUAGGCAACACUUGGAAUAAUGGGACUUGUAAAGCACCUCGGUUAACCCAUAUUAGCGAGCAAGGGCUGCAUGAAUUUGAUGAUUCUUUUUUAUAUCCUACUAAUAAGGAAGUGAUGCCUGGUAAGGUUGUUUCUGAUAGUUAUCCUACUACUGUCAAAAGGCUCUUAUCAACUGGGAUUCUUGAUGGAGCAAAAGUGAAAUAUAUUUCUGCUGCGGGGGAGCUUAUUGGACUUGUUAAGGAUUGUGGCUAUCUAUGUGGGUGUGCAACUUGCAAUUUUUCGCGUGUUCUUCGUGCUCAAGAGUUCGAGCAGCAUGCUGGUGGAAAAACCAGGCACCCCAAUAAUCACAUAUAUAUGGAGAAUGGUAAACCUAUAUACAGUAUAAUUCAGGCAAUGAAGACUGCUCCUAUCAGCACAGUAGACAAAGUGAUAAAAAACGUAGCUGGUUCCGCUGUCAAUGAUGAACUCCUCAAAGUUUGGAAAGGAAAUCUCGAAAGAAACGUGGACAAGAUUAAGACUAAAAGCAGCCAUUAUAUGAAGCUUAUGAACUUGUACCAUUCAACUUCAAGCUGCACCAACGAUACAAGAGAAGAUGGUUCUAGCCCUUACUAUUGUUAUCCUAAGAGUUUUGCUUUGGAACCCCAAGCAUUUGUUAACGAGGCCAUGAAAGAGCAGAAACGCCCGUUUAAGAAGCCAAAGUUGCACAUAUGUAGCACUACUGCUGAAAGUAAACGAAAUGCUGAAAGAAGCAAUAGGAAAAGGGAUAUUGAUUUGCACCGCUUAUUAUUUAUGCCAAAUGGACUUCCUGAUGGGACUCAAUUGGCUUAUUAUGCAAGAGGGAAGAAAAUACUUGACGGUUACAAGCAAGGGAUUGGUAUAGUUUGUAGCCAUUGUGACUCCGAGAUCAGUCCUUCCCAGUUUGAAGCUCAUGCUGGAUGGGCCGCCAAACGUCAACCGUAUCGCCAUAUUUACACUCCUAACGGGCUAGCUCUCCAUGAUAUAGCCACACUGCUGGCAAAUGGUCAAAGUAUCGCAACCAGCAACAGUGAUGAUAUGUGUGCAGUUUGUGGAGAUAGAGGAGAACUAGUUAUGUGUGAUGGAUGCCCUCGUGCUUUUCAUACAGCUUGUUUGGGACUGGAGGGUGCUCCUUCUGAAGUUUGGUACUGUCUGUAUUGUAGAGAUAGUAUUGGUUCUGGUAGAAAAACUGGCGAAGAGUCUAGGCCGUUUGUUAUCAGACUGACACGGGUUGUUAAAUCUAGAGAAUACGAAACUGGUGGUUGUGUUAUUUGCAGGGCCCAUGAUUUCAGUGUUGCUGACUUUGACGAUCGAACAAUAAUGCUAUGUGAUCAAUGCGAGAAGGAGUACCAUGUUGGUUGCCUAAGAGAAAGUGGGGUAUGCGAUUUGAAGGCACUUCCAUCAGAUAAAUGGUUUUGUUGCGAUCAUUGUAACAUGAUCCAUGGUGCUAUUCAAGACGUGGUUGUCAAUGGAGCAGCUGUCAUUUCAGGUUCACUUAUGAGUUUAAUAAACAAGAAACAUAUAGAGAAAAGAGUAACUGGUGGAGCUCCAACAGAAAUUAGAUUUCGGAUGUUAAGUGGAAGAAGUCGUUAUCCUGAACAUCUACCACUGUUGUCAAGGGCGGCUGCUAUUUUCCGGGAAUGCUUUGAUCCCAUUGUUGCAACAUGUGGCCGUGAUCUAAUACCUGUAAUGGUAUAUGGGAGAAAUAUAUCUGGGCAAGAGUUUGGAGGAAUAUAUUGUGUUGUUCUGAUGGUGGGGUCGGUAGUUGUGUCUGCGGGUCUUCUUAGAGUUUUUGGACGGGAGGUAGCCGAGCUCCCACUGGUGGCUACAAGUAGACAACACCAAGGCAAGGGUUAUUUUCAAGCUCUCUUUUAUUGUAUUGAGGAGUUACUCCUGUCACUGGAUGUUGAACUCCUUGUGCUUCCUGCUGCCGAAGAAGCUGAAUCAAUAUGGACUAAGAAAUUGGGCUUCAGAAAGAUGAGUGAUGAGCGGUAUACACAGUAUGCGAGGGACAUCCAGCUCACUGUAUUUAAGGGAACAUCUAUGCUAGAGAAGAGAUUGUGUCGUAUUACAUUGUAAUAUUUUUUUUAGUUUUCUGCCAUCCAAACUCUAGCUGCUGCUUACGAGUUUUAUCCAGACGACCAGACUCCAGACAGAUGGCGAGCAAUGCGUCAGUCAGUAUCUUAUUUAAGCGUACAUAAAUAUACAACAUUUUCUUAGUUUUUAUAGGAGAUUCUAGUAGUUUAUAGUGAAUUAUAAAACGAGCUUUGUUCCUUUCCCAAUUUCCCAUGAUGUAACCUGGAAUGAUGGGCGGUGCAAAUAAACAGGAUGAUAAUAGGGUUCGAGUUGCAGCGUUGCAUGUGAACCUUUUUUGUUGUACAUGCAUGUGGUAGUUUGUCCUUUAAAAUUAAAGGGUUUUCGAGUUUGUUUUCUGACGAUUGUUUUUUAAAUCAGAUGGCAGCCACUAGGCUUUUGAUUAAGCCCA